AUGAAUUUGAGAAAGAUUGAGGAUGUUAAUAUUGCAAAAUACACUAAAGAUAAUUGGGAAUCUUUAAGACACGAAUGGGAACCUUACGCAAAAAGAGAAACGUCAUGUCUCGGAGCUUGUGUGAUAAAAUACAAUCAAGCAAUGAAAGAAGUUGUAUUUCAGAAUAUUUCCAAUAAUCUAACGGCUCCUUCUUUAUCUUUAAAGGGUUGGUAUUAUUUAUAUCAUUACGAUAAAGAAAUGAUUGAAGAAGAAUGGUAUGAAACUACUAGAAUGGUUCCGAAACACACCGAAAAAGAAAACGUAGAAAAAGUUUACUCACAUACUCACCCUUUUAUAAGAUAUUUCAUCAGACAAAGUAUUAAAGGAGGAAGAGUUUCGGCAAAUCGAAAAUCAUUUGAAACGAAUAAAAGGGAUGAAAUUUGUAAUAUAUUAAAGGAAUACAAUGCAAGUGACACUGAUAAUAUAAUUGAUUUAUUCAAAGAAUAUAGCGCUAGCACGAAAAAUAAAACGGAGGUUCAUUCGAGACUUAAAAAAAUAAAAUGUACUAAACUAAUGGCAUUUGACGCUAACGGUUUAUACGCUUCCGCCAUGUCGGAUUUAGAUAGCGAAUAUCUGAGAGCGGAAAGUGGUAGACCAUUUCUACCGGAAGAAAAUAAAGAAUUUGUCGAGCUCUUUAAUGAACAGAAAUUCAGACCUAGAACUCCUUUUUUAAAAGUCUGGUUUGAAUAUCCCAAAAACAUGUUCUUCCAACCCAUACCAGCUAAAGAUAUAAUCACUUUCACGAAUAAAGAAGGUAAAAAGGAAACUGGCACUAAAAUCAGAUUCAGAAAUGGUUUCUGUCACGACGUUUUAACAUUGGUUGAUAUUCAAGAAAUAGUGAAAGCCGGUGGACGAAAUAUUAAAAUAUUAGAUGGUAUAGUUUACGAAGAAAAUUUUAAAACUCCACCCUAUAGAGAUUAUAUUUUAAUUUUGAGAGAUCUAAGAAAUAAAUAUAAACGAGAAGAUGGAUUUUAUAAGCCUGAAAUAUACUAUACGGAUACCGAUAGUUUAUACAUUUCGUCUAGCAAUUGGGAUAAAUUAAAUGAAGUUGGGUUGGUGUCCGAAAAUGAUUAUUGUAAAGGAAAGAAUGAUUACGGUGAUGGUGGAAUUAUAUUUGGUUUAUAUUUAGCGCCAAAAGUUAAAUACAAUAUCAUUCUAACUUCCGAUGGUGUUUUAAAAGAAAAGAAAACGUUUAAGGGUUACUCUAAAGAUAAGAUAUCCGUAGAAGAUUAUAUUCGAUUAGCUAGUGGAUUCGAUGUAACGAAUGAAUUUAAGAAACCUUGGGUAAAAAGUUUCACCAAUGGAGUAGUUAUUCCAAAGGAUGAUGAUAAACAAAAGAAAGCUUUUAGAUGUAAUCUAAAUCUCGUUAAGAGAAAAGCAUCAAACAGUGAAGGAAUCAUGUAUCCUUACAACGACGGAAAAGAAUUGAACAUAGAUGAAAACUACGAAUUUGAUGAUUUCGAUUACCUUACUAUUCAAGAAGAGAAUGAAGAGUGUUAA